ACCGCGUGCACGAGGCCGCGAUGCACCGCGCGGGUCAUCGCGCGAGCGAGACGUCGCUGUGGAUCGCGGUCCUCGAAGGGAAGUGGGAUGUCGUCCAGAACAAGGUUCUGAGAGGCGCGACGACCGCCGCGGUGUACGCCGCGACCGCGUCGAUCAUCUCGACGUUCCUCCUCUUCGUCGCGUUCUUCCUCGUCGUCGCCUUCCGCUUCAUCGUCGUCCCGACCGGGCCGUCGUCCACGCAUCAAGAGCUGAUCUUCGACGUCACGUCGAGCGCGCCCGUCGCGUCCGCGUCCUUUCUCUCCGAAGAGAAACGCGCGUACCUGCGCUCCCCGGCGGCGUUCACGAAGCCGACCGCGGACGCCCCCGCGACCAUCUCCGACAAGGCGCUGCGACGCGCGCGCGUCCUCGACCCCGGGACGCGGUUCGACGUCACCGCGACGCUCGUCGUCCCGGACGCCGCCGCCGCCGCGACGGGCGCGGGCGGCGUCGACGGCGGCAUGUUCCAGGUGUACGCGUCGCUGACGAACGAGCGGGGCGACGCGAUAGCGAACGCGACGCGCCCGGCGACGCUCAAGCGCGUCAACCCUGAAGUCAGGCUCCUCCGGUUCGUCACGCGGUGGCCGCUGUACGCGUUGGGGCUGAUGGAAGAGACGCAGACGCAGUGGAUCCGGCUGCCGAUGUUUCGCGGCGUCUCGGAGGACAAGUCGAGCCCGUUCACCUCCGUCGUCGUCGUCGUCAAACCCCGCGCGGGCGUCCCCGCGAGCGCGCUGCCGAUCAUCUACGCCGCGCACGCGGACGUGCACGUGGAGAUGAACGCGCUGACGAGGGCGAUCAGGAGCUACCCCGCGUCGAGUUUCGUGCUGAUGUCGAUCGCGGUGUGGGGGUAUCUGUGCGCGACGGCGACGGCGUUGUUCGGCGUCGUCGUGCUCUUCGGCGCGGUGCGCGCGCCGUCGUCGUUCGCGAGCGAGGUGAUUAACCGGUCGAAGCAGAUCGUGAGCGGCGGGCUGGGCGGACUGAGCACGUCUUCCGACGACGAGGACCGCGGCGGGUCGUCGCGGAACAGCGAGGAGGGACGGCGCGGGAGCGUCGGGGACGACGGCGACGGCGACGGAGACGGCGCGGGGGACGAGACGUCGGGAGACGACGGCGGGAUCGCCCCGGACGGGCUGCGCAGGCGCGUCGUCGCGUGAUUUCGUUUCAAUUCUAAUUCUCUCCGAUGGA